GUGAAGAAUGCAUUUUACAAACGAAAAAUUUACGCAGCGAACGUUCAGUUCAAGCCGGGAAUCAUAUCAGAGCAGUGGAAAAACUUUGCGGAAAAGGCAAAUUAGCUAUAAAAAUGUCGAUGGUAUCAUUCAAAUUGUUCAAAUUGAAUCAGGCUCCAGCGGCUGAUAUGGGCAUUUAUUUGCACUGUUUAACCGAACAGAUGAACGAAUUGUUAAAACCUUUUUACACCGUACUAUUUCAUGUAAUAGUUUUUGGUCUAAUUGGUGGUGUGGUGUUUGCCACCAAUAAUUUAUUGGAUUUCGUUCUAGAAACAUCUGUGAUUGCGGGCAUUCAGUGUGAUGGCAUGUUUCUGACUAUUGGAUUGAAAAUGAAGAUAGUCAAGGUAUUGCGUCUUAAGUUACAACAAAUUGUUGAUGAAGAUAUCGCAAAUGAAGUCGCUAUCUACUGGGACACCGAGCAAAAAUUAUUAAUGCAGUCACUCUGAACACUCUUACGACAAC